UGCGCCUCUCCAGAAAGUUCAGUGACUAUGGUAUGACAGUGCCCUGCAGCACCGAUGUUCGGGGACGCUUCCUCUCCCAUGUUGUGUCUGGCCCAGCAGCAGCCUCUGAGGGGAGUGCCGCAGUGGACAGGCCACCUGCACCACCGUCACACUCUGGUCACCCCCGGGUGGCCCGCAGCCCCCUGCGCCCAGAAGAAGCAGCCUGGCAGCUUGGCCGGGCAGGACGCUACUCCCUCUACUUCAACAUUACUGUUUUCGGGGAGGAACUGCACUUGCGCCUGCGGCCCAACCGGCGGCUGGUGGUGCCCGGAGCUUCCGCAGAGUGGCAGGAGGACUUCCAGGAGCUCUUCCGACAGCCUUUGCAGCUGGAGUGUGUCUACACUGGGGGUGUCACAGGCAUGCCAGGAGCAGCUGUCGCUAUCAGCAACUGUGACGGAUUGGCGGGCCUCAUCCGUACAGACAACACCGACUACUUCAUUGAGCCCCUGGAGCGGGGCCAGCAGGAGAAGGAGGCCAGCGGGAGGACACACGUGGUGUACCGCCGGGAAGUCAUUCAGCAGAAGUGGACAGAGCCUGACGGGGACCUUUACAAUGAAGCCUUUGGCCUGGGUGACUUUCCCAACCUGCUAGGCCUGGUGGGAGACCAGCUGGGUGACACGGAGCGGAAACGGCGACACGCCAAACCCGGCAGCUACAGCAUCGAGGUGCUUCUGGUGGUGGACGACUCAGUGGUACGCUUCCAUGGCAAGGAGCAUGUGCAGAACUACGUCCUCACCCUCAUGAACAUUGUGGAUGAGAUUUACCAUGACGAGUCCCUGGGGACCCACAUAAACAUUGCCCUUGUCCGCUUGAUCAUGGUGGGCUAUCGACAGUCCCUGAGCCUGAUUGAGCGUGGGAACCCCUCUCGCAGCCUGGAGCAGGUGUGUCGCUGGGCACACUCUCAGCAGCGCCAGGACCCCAGCCAUGCAGAGCACCAUGAUCACGUUGUCUUCCUCACCCGGCAGGACUUUGGGCCCUCAGGUAUGCAAGGGUACGCGCCUGUCACUGGCAUGUGCCACCCCCUGAGAAGCUGUGCCCUCAACCACGAGGACGGCUUCUCCUCGGCCUUUGUGGUGGCCCAUGAGACUGGUCACGUGCUCGGCAUGGAGCAUGAUGGUCAGGGGAACAGCUGUGCAGAUGAGACCGGCCUGGGCAGCGUCAUGGCACCCCUGGUGCAGGCCGCCUUCCACCGCUUCCACUGGUCCCGCUGCAGCAAGCUGGAGCUCAGCCGCUACCUGCCCUCCUAUGACUGUCUCCUCGAUGACCCCUUCGCGCCCUCCUGGCCCCAACCCCCGGAGCUGCCCGGCAUCGACUACUCAAUGGAUGAGCAGUGUCGCUUUGACUUUGGUACUGGGUACCACACCUGCUCUGCGUUCACGACCUUUGAGCCCUGCAAGCAGCUAUGGUGCAGCCACCCUGACAAUCCGUACUUCUGCAAGACCAAGAAGGGGCCCCCGCUGGACGGGACUGAGUGUGCACCAGGCAAGUGGUGCUUCAAAGGUCACUGCAUCUGGAAGUCCCCAGAGCAGACUUAUGGUCAGGAUGGAGGCUGGAGCUCCUGGACCAACUUCGGGUCAUGCUCACGGUCAUGUGGAGGUGGGGUGCGAUCCCGUAGCCGAAACUGUGACAAUCCCUUCCCAGCCUACGGAGGCCGCAUGUGCUCAGGACCCAUGUUCCAGUACCAGGUCUGCAACAGCGAGGAGUGUCCAGGGCCCUACGAGGACUUCCGGGCCCAGCAGUGUGCCAAGCGCAACUCCUACUACAUCCAUCAGAACACCAAGCACAGCUGGAUGCCCUAUGAGCCUGAGGACGACGCCCAGAAGUGUGAGCUGAUUUGCCAGUCGGAGGACACAGGGGACGUGGUCUUCAUGAACCAGGUGGUCCACGAUGGGACACGAUGCAGCUACCGGGACCCCUACAGCGUCUGUGCCCGAGGCGAGUGUGUGGACACCCCUUGGUCCUCAACAUAGCCCUGGGAUGCUGGAAAGGGGUUAUUGCUCAGCCCCAUUUAAGAGGAGAGGAGUGGGCCAGUUUUAAGACCCUUCCCAUGUCACAUGUGAGUUUGUGGCAGAGCCCCAUCCAGGAAGGCCUCUUGGUCCAGGGUCCUCUCGUGUCUGGGGCUUGGGGACCAGGGAGGGAGUUGUAGGCUGCUGACCCCAGCGUGGUGAUAGGGGCAUGGGAACCUCCUCCCACUGACCCCACC